AUGGUCUACGUAGAAGAAGGGACCGUGUACGCUGCCAUCGUCACAGCGGACAAUCGCCUGUUUGCCCGAGUGAUGAACAGGGGAGAAGUCAUGGUGAUUCCUCGCGGAUUAAUCCACUGGCAGAUGAACGUAGGAAGGACCAACGCGAAGAUCAUCGCCACUCUCAACUCCCAGCUUCCCGGAAUCCAGUUCAUUGCAAGAUCCAUGUUUGGAUCUCGGCCAGAGGUUCCCGACGAGGUGCUCGAGAAGACUUUUUUCUUGGACGAGCGUAGCAUCAACCAAGUCCGAUCCAACUUCACGAUUAUGCUCUGGCAUGACGGCCAAAAGUGGAGGAUACCAUGGGAGCUGGUGGCUGAUCCGAGUCUCGGCGGCGGCCUCGAUCUCGCACCAGAUACCGUCACCGACUGCCUUACCAUCAGCUUGAGUGAGAAUGAGUCCUAG